CUUAUAUUGUUGCAGCCAGAAAAGUUAUAAUCUCCUUCUACGAUCAGCGCCAAGAGGAAGAAGCAACGAUGCCGGCAAAACAGAGGACGCCGAAGGUCAGCCGAAACCCUGAUCUCAUCAGGGGAGUUGGCAAAUACUCAAGGUCGCAGAUGUACCACAAGAGAGGUCUUUGGGCUAUCAAGGCCAAAAACGGCGGCGUUUUCCCUCGCCACGACGCUAAGUCCAAGGUUGUUGCUGUAGCUGAGAAGCCGCCAAAGUUCUAUCCAGCUGAAGAUGUUAAGAAACCUCUCGCCAACAGGCGCAAGGCAAAGCCGACCAAGCUCAGAUCCAGCAUCACCCCAGGAACUGUUCUGAUCAUCCUUGCUGGGAGGUUCAAGGGCAAGAGAGUUGUCUUCUUGAAGCAGCUUCCCUCUGGUUUGCUUCUUGUGUCCGGACCGUUCAAGAUCAAUGGUGUGCCUUUGAGACGUGUUAACCAGUCCUACGUGAUUGGAACAUCCACAAAGGUUGACAUCUCUGGUGUUAGCCUUGAUAAAUUCGAUGAUAAGUAUUUUGGAAAGGUGGCUGAGAAGAAGAACAAGAAGGGAGAAGGAGAGUUCUUCGAGGCAGAGAAAGAGGAGAAGAAGGUGUUCCCACAAGGGAAGAAAGAUGACCAGAAAGCUGUUGACGGAGCAUUGAUCAAAGCCAUUGAGUCGGUUCCAGAGUUGAAGACUUACCUUGGCGCAAGGUUUUCACUGAAACAAGGAAUGAAGCCACAUGAGCUUGUCUUCUAGAUUUUCAAUAAACUUUUAUUUGUGUGUUACUCUCAACGUUUGUUUUUGUUCUUGUCCACUUACUAGAAUUUUGGUUUAUACAUUCUAUAUUUUAUGUUUUCGCAUUUGGUAUCUGAGUGUGAACUCUGAAGCAAUAUAUUUCAAUAGAUAGUAGUGCUCUUGUUA